GCAUCGAAUAAACAUGAAGACCAUUGUUGCAUUCACCGCCCUCCUGGCUUUCGCCGCCGCCGCUCCCGGGCUGCUAGUAGCCCACGAGACUCCAGUAGUGGCUACCGUCCACGCCGCCCCAGUUGUCCACUCCGUGCCAGUCUUAGCUUCGAAGACCACCAUUACCAAGAGUAGCCAAGUCGUCAACCAUGGUACCCCAGUACAUGCCAUUCACGCAGCACCUGUAGUUCACACAGUUCACGCAGCUCCAGUGGUACAUGCAGUCCACGCAGCCCCAGUUGUGCUCAAGACAGCCCCAGUAGCGGUAGCUCACAGCAGCUCAGUGGUACAUCAUACCCCAGUCGUGAAGACUCUGCCAGUCAUCGCAUCAGUCGGAACUGCAACUUUAAUUCAAGUGGCCGUUUUGAAAAUAACGGAAAAAAUGCAGCGAUUUGUAAUCCUCUGCUUCCUCGCCACGGCCCUCGCCGCGCCAGCACCAGCCCCGAAGCCGGUGGUGGUAUACCCCCCCGUUUACCACUCGCCACUUCUCCACCCAGCCCCGCUGGUCCACCACGCCCCCAUUGUGCAUUCCCCCCUUGUACACCCAGCACCUUUGGUGGCAUCUCCAGUCAGCACUUUGUACAGAAGUCCACUGCUGCCAAGUCCGUUCUUGUUUUAAAAUAACGGUGUAAUGCUUAAUUGUUUUAUGGAAAGUAUAGAUUACCUACUUUGAUGGGUCUACUGCGGUAAUUUGACCUUUAAGUAUCGUCACUACAUGUCAAUAUCGUGAUUUUAACAUCUUCUCCUCUGGAGGCAAGUCUGCUGAACUGUGUUAAUAUCAUGAAUUAAGUAUCUCACGAUAUUGAUGUAAUAAUAUUCAGGUAUUUUUUUUUCCAUAAAAUAAUGGCUAUUGACCUCGAUAAAGAAUAAUUAUGUUUUCGGCAAAACUCAUUAUGGGUAAUGUUUUAGUUCCUCGCAAAAAUUAAA